AUGAGCGAAACAACACUCAAGCACAUCAAGUCUGGAAUGAAGAAACUUAAGCGUUCGUUGGAUGGCUUGGAACACUCUCAACAAUCCAUUGUCGGAAAGUUGAAUAACUUGGUUGAUACUAUUGAAAAAUUCGAUCGUGUGAAUGAAGAAUUUACAAAAAAGUAUAACGAAUUUGCAGAGAAGAGAGGACAAAAGGUUGAACAAGUUGCCAAGAUUAUUUCGGAAGGAAUGGAACAAAUGGUUAAUAAGACAUUGAAGGAAAUUGGAAAGGAAAAGAUGAAUUCCUUCUUGGAAUAUCCUGAAUUGACCAAGCAAAUGGAAGAAUUACGAGCCUCAAUUAAGUUGAAAUAUCAACAGAUGGCAGAAGCAGAAAAGGCAGUCGGUGUUGCAUUUGAAAAUAUGAGAAGAGAGCAAGCUUUCAUUAACGAUACUCUUUUGAUCAAGAUGGAUACUAAUGACCUCUUGAAUCUUGGUGGACCAGUUGUGAUGAAACUUUCAGCACUUAAACAAUUAUUCACAGAAGCUCAAAGUGAAUACAUUAGAGCCAAGAUGCAAUUGGUUAAUAUGGAACAAAGAUUGAAUGAUGUAGAAUUGAAUCUCUUCAAAGCAACAAUUAAUCACGUAAUGUCAGCUAUUACAGAUCUCUAUCAACGUGAUACUAUUCUUGGAUCAUUGACAAUUCUUUCAGGUGCAACAACUAACACCUUUUUGCAAUUGAUGAUGGAGUAUAACUUCAUUAUGGAAUCUUAUGAGGUUGAACUUGAUAGAAUUUCUGAAGAGAAAGAAAUUAUUGAGAAUGUCAAGAUUCAAAUCCUCAAUUCUGAAGAUGGAGAAUUGUUACAAAAGGCUGCAGGACUGAUUGCUAAUGGAAAGAGCUUGUUAAAUUAUAUGGAACUCUUGCUCGAUAAUCCACCAAUCAUUGUUUCAACCAAUGUAAUUGAAGCCAAUGAAAAUGGAAAGGAAAUGGUUGAAAUAGUUCAACUCUCAGUUGAAGGAUUGAAAGAGCAACAAGAAGUCAAACUCAAAUACAAGCUUAAGAGAAAGGCAAGCAGAGAAAAGAAACUAGUUCUCUCACUCGUCAAGAAAAUGUACGAAUCACGAGACAGACCAGGAUGAAAGAAACAAAUCCAAAUAAAAUAUAUAAUUAUUGAAUUG